UAUGAUUUCACUACAGAUCAGCCUCACAUCAGUGCAUCUGUCAUUUUAUUACUGAUCCAGUUUUGAAGAGUUUGUCUUUUGAAGAUGUUUCACAGAUUUUGGUUCUGUUUGUGUUUGUGGCGUCUGAAUGGUGUGUUUGGUGACGAUGAACUGAAGUUAGUAUCAGUGAAGAAGAGAGAUUCAGUCACUCUAAACUCUGAUCUUACUGAAAUAAUGGAUGGUGAUGUGAUUCAGUGGAGCUUUUGGAUUAAAAAUGCUUUAAUAGCUGACAUCAAUGUAACAGCUGACAAAUUCACUGUAUAUGAUGAUGUUCUUGAUGGGAGAUUCAGAGACAGACUGAAGCUGGACAAUAAAACUGGAUCUCUGACCAUCACAAACUUCACAGCUGAACAUAAUGGAGUUUAUUCUGGAGAAGUGAUCAAACGUAUCAGAAAAUCUUUCGUUCUCGCUGUCUAUGAUGAAAUAUCAGUGAAGAAGGGAGAUCCAGUCACUCUAAACGCUGAUCUUACUGAAAUAAUGGAUGGUAAUACGAUUCAAUGGAUAUAUAAGAAUGGAAAUGAUUUAACAGCUGUGACCAGUCAAAGGCCCAAAAGAAUUACUGUACAUGAUGAUGUUCUUGAUGGGAGAUUUAGAGACAGACUGAAGCUGGACAAACAAACUGGAUCUCUGACCAUCACAGACAUCACAACUGAACAUGCUGGAUGUUAUGUAUCAAUGAUAUUUGGACCAAAAGAUCCAUUAAAAGUUUUCAGUGUUUCUGUCUAUGACUCUGAACACUGUUGUGGUUAUACUGAAGCUGUGAUCCGAUUGGUCCUGUCUGCUCUGGUGGGCGUGGCUAUUGUCGUUAUUCUGGUUUAUGACAUCAGAUCCAGAAGAACUGAACAAAAUCAAGCACAGAAGAAAGAAUGAAGGACACCAAAUGUCUUUUUUUUUUUUUUUUUGAUUUCCCUGUCAUAAAAAUUUUAAAAAUAAAGAGCCAUAUAUGAUCCAUGAAUAUUCAAAAUAUCUUUUUACAAUGACCACAAAUUAAAGGGGUCAUAUGAUACCAUUUUAAAGAUCAUUGUUUUGUGUAUUUGGUGUAACAGAAUAUGUUGACAGCUUUAAUGUUCAAAAAACACAUUAUUUUUCAAAUACUGUACAUUAUUGUCGUUCCUCUAUGCCCCGCCUCUCUCAAACCAAACACGUCGUUUUCAACAAAGCCCCCUCCUUACGACAAGGAUAGUCUGCUCUGAUUGGCCAGCUGGCCCAGUGCAUUGUGAUUGGCUGAACACCACAAGCACAUGUCGGAAAUGUAACGCCCCUUACCAUAAACGCCAGCUUCAGCUUUAUAAAGACAGUUAAUAAUGUCUUUAGUUUUAUCAUCAGUUCAAGCCUGAAAGAGCAACAGAGUCCCGUUUAACAAAAGUAUUUUAUUUUGGAAUAAAAAAUAAAAAAAAUCACACUAAUGACAUCACUCGACUUCCUCCUUCCUAUUUUCUAAAGAUCUAUGAAAAAAGGCCCAUGUUUAGUCCACUGUUUCUUUUCAAUUAUGAGAAAUGUUCUCAUUUACCUCAUGCUUUCAUAUGAAGCUUUUAGUUGAUGUCACUGGUAUGACCUGUUUAUUGUUAGUCAAAUGUAAAAAAAAAAACAUAUAUACAAAUGGAUUAAACUACUUAAUUUAGUGAGUAUACCAUGACUGACAACAUGUGGCUUGAUACCUUGCAGCAGACAUUUUGUAAAAUGCAUUUUUCAUGAAAAUUGUCACUGGUGUUACCUUCCUUAUGGAUAGCACAAGUGACGAUCAGUAUAUCAGGUCUAAUGUAUGUCACUGGUGUUACUAUGCUGUGGUACUGUGUUACUGUACUGUUUUUGUCCGUUACAUUAAAUAAAUAAAACAUA